AUGUCCUUGCCCACAGCCAUGGAUAAGUUAUUUAUCUGUCCUGGAUGUCAGAGAGGUGGCUUCAAAAGCAUUGGCGCCGUCAAGGCUCAUUUUGAGUCCAAAGGCCACAAACUCGCAUGUGGUCCAUGCGACAAAUCUUUUGGCAAUGUAACAGCGUUGCUUAAGCACUCCCAGAAGCAUGAAAAGCCCCUAGAUGGUUCCGAUCUCAAGUCUGUCAAGUCAGCAAAACCCGCAUCAAAGAGCGCAAAGCAACAGAACUUCCAGGAUCUUGAACUCUUGUCUGCCAAACCCGCGAAAUCAGCCCCAAAGUCUGUGAAAUAUGACAAGUACCCGGAUCUGUCCGAGUCUUUUGUCAAGCCUGCAAAGCCAUCCCCAAAGACGACGAAGCAAGGAAAGUCGCAGGAUAGUUCUGAGCCCUUGUCCGUCAAUCUUCCGAAGCCCACUACAAAGAAAACAAAGCUUGAGAAGUCCCAAGAUCUUUCUGAGCCCUUGUCUAUCAACCUUGCGAAGUCCGCUACAAAGAAGACGAAGCUUGAGAUGUCCCAAGAUCUGUUUGAGGCUUUGUCCGCCAAACCUACGAAAUCUGCUUCAAAGAAAACAAAGACUGAGAAGUCCGAGGGUCUGUUUGAGGCUUUGUCCGCCAAACCUGCGAAAUCUGCUCCAAAGAAAACGAAUCUUGAGAAGUCCCUGGAUCACUCCGAUAUCUUGCCUGCCAAAUCUGCGAAACCAGCUCAAAAGCGCACAUCAAACCAGGCCCCGGUACGUGCUCCGGUGAGGGUAGAUACUUAUGAAGACCUAUGGAACAAGACCUCUGAACCUGGGCCCCCGAAUUCCUCAUCGCCUGCCAUCCAAAACGCAAAUUACCAUGUUAUCCUUGAGCCACUCGAACAAAACUUGAUCUUCCGCUACUUGUCGGCACGGUGUCACUCGGACACCCGUCUGGUCACACGAGGCUUCACCUUCCGGGCUGGCUUAGCAGAGGUCAGCAGACGCCCGUCGAAGAGACCUCCUCCGAAGACAGGACAUUUCCGCCAAGUUCCUCGCUCUUCGGACGGCUUGCCAAAAAGGAAAGCAAUUGUGCUUGAUUGUGAGAUGGUGCAAGUCGAGGCAGGUCGUCGGGAGCUUGCAUUUUUGAGCGCAAUUGACUUUUUGACGGGCGAGGUUCUCAUCAACAAUUAUGUACAGCCGAAAGCGAAAGUCGUGAAUUGGGAUUCUCGGUUUAGCGGGGUGACUCCUGGUGCCAUGAACAAGGCUGUCAAGAAAGGGACAGCGUUGAAUGGCUGGGAAGGAGCGCGCUCGAAGUUAUGGGAGUUCAUGGAUAGCGAGACUAUUCUCGUUGGCCAUUCUCUCAACAAUGAUCUUGAUGUCCUGGGUAUCAUCCACUGGAAUAUUGUCGACUCCUCCAUCAUUACCGGCGAAGCGGUCUUCUACAAUGUUCACGCCAGUGAAGCGCUCAACCGCACAUGGAGUCUGAAAACUCUUACCAAUGAAUUGGUCAAUUAUGAUAUUCAAGUCGGGAAACAGGGCCACAGUGCGCUGGAGGAUGCACAUGCAACACGGGAUAUUGUGAUCUGGUGUCUGAGAUACCCGGAGCACCUGAAGGUAUGGGCAGAUAAUGCCCGGGACCAAGAGGAGGUGCGCGUGUACGAGAGGGAGCUGAAGAGGACGACGGAGGAAGAGGCGAAGGAGCAAAAGAGAAAACAUGAUAUGGAGAUAAAGAUCCAGAUGUUGUCUCGUGGCGUUGCUGGUUUGGAUGUUCAGGCCAUUGACCUGUCUGAUGAUGAUGCUAAUGACCCCGAUUAUUCUUUUGUCGACCAUGAUGGUGAUGGUGUCGAACACGAGCAGGUAACUAUUGAAGCUGCCGCAGCUUCAUUCUUUUGA